AUGACCUUCCUCCUUUGCCUCCGUCUUCUGGGGGGGGACUUCGCUCCUGGAGGUUACGUUCCUUGGGGGCCUGGGGGGCCAUUUAUCAUCAACAGUCAGCCCCCAUAUGAUAACCAUAGUUCAGCAGCUUAUCAUGACUUUUACGCAGCACAAAACGGCCCUUUCAAUACGCCAGCCAUCAAUGUAAGUCAGCAGAGUGGUUAUAUCAUGCCGCAAUCCUACGAUGGAUCCCAUUUACCAGAAUCUGGACACCUCAUACCACACUCCAACCCCAAUGAAGCAGGCGCAUCUCUUGCGGCUGUUGAGAAGCCAGAAGAAUAUUCUUCAGAAAGCAUCGUAGAGACUCUUCUGGAAACCAAUAGACAAGAAAAAGCUCCAAAGCUAAUUCGUGUCUACGCAUCUGAUGAGGAGGAUGGGGUAACAGGGGCUUCUACUCCUACACAGUGCGAGUCAGAGCAAGCCACUGUUCUAUGGUUGUUCGAUGGCCCAGUCAAAGAAACGGGAGAAAGAAUCAAGAAAGAAGCAGCAGCUCAAGACAGAAGUAAGAGACAACUCACCAAACUCACUUACGAUUCGUCACCUACAUUAGAUUCAGACAAGAGCCCCAGCGGACGAUCCCAGCAGCACCGCUUUGACAUAAGCCACAACGGUGCAUUUAUAAUAGACUCGGACAGUAUAUCGACCCUAGGCUGUUCACGAUCUCGUUCUUGCUCGCCACCUUCUCGUCCUGUGGACUAUCUCGUUUCUUUGGAUGCACCAAGUGAGAGCCAGCAAAAGAUCUCAUUGAAGGGUGGUAAAACGAUAGAAGAUAUUGUGCGGCGCAUGGACAAGGAACGAGAAGACAAUUUAAGCGAAACUUUGCUUCUAGAUGUUAUCACAUCGCUGGAGACAGAACAAAAGGAAAAAGAUACGCAAAUGGCAAAGAAGAAAGUGAAUUUUUUGGUUGACUCUGGGUCUAGUCGCUCGCGGAGCUGUUCGCUAACGCGAACGUCUUCUUCCAAGUCUGUUUGA